GCAGAGAUAGCCCGCUCUGUAGGCUCCACUGGUAUGGCGGCAGGGCAGUUCCUGGACCUCGAAGGAGGACCAAAUGCAGUUGGAUUUAUACAAGACAAAAAGUACGGUGAAAUGGGGGAGUGCUCUGCAGUGUGUGGAGGAUUGUUGGCUGGUGCUGAAGAUGAUGAAAUAGAGAGACUGAGGAGGUAUGGGAGAGCUGUUGGGGUACUAUAUGCAGUUGUGGAUGAUAUUUUGGAAGAGAGGUUGAAAGCUAAGGGUGGUAAUGACGGGAAAAAGAAAGGUAAGAGUUACGUGGAAGUUUAUGGUGUUGAGAAAGCACAAGAGGUGGCUGAAGAGCUUAGAGAAAAGGCUAAGCAAGAAUUGGAUGGAUUUGAGAAGUAUGGGGAGCGUGUGGUCCCUCUUUACAGUUUUGUGGAUUAUGUUAUUGAUAGAAGUUUCACCAUUGAUGAGACCAGAGGAUGAUGGGUUCUUAGAGUUCAACUAUGUAUAGUUUUUCGUUGAUCUGACCCCGUUGAGGGCUAGCUAUUGCAUACAGAACUUAUUUUAGAGCUUGGAAACGCAGGUCUACAGAAACAUCAUUUAGAGUUAGAUUUUCCACUUAUUGUUGGGUUUAUGUUCACUAUUCAAAGGGACGUGGAAGCCCCCAAGCAUGGACCCAAAAACAAGAGAGCAUUGUCUACGUGACUAUGUUGUUAGAUAUGCAUGAUGCCUAUAUUUCCAGUUUCUAUUUGUGAUACAAAGUUAACAUUACAACUCCCUAAAUCAGUAUUAUCCUUCUAAAUAUAUACAUUUUACUCAUUA